AGAAGAUGUUUGGAGUAUUGAAGUUUGGAUCCAUCCUGGUGUCCCUCCUAUUUCUGGCCACCAGUCAUGCGGAUGUUUUCGAUGAGUGUAACGAUGGUAACAACCUAUCCUUUGUUACUUCGCCAAAGAGUUGCGCACAUUAUAUCUUCUGCAACGGCGAUGAGUCAUACGAUGGUGAAUGCGAGGAUGGCGAAUACUUUAGUCAAGAUAUGGAAAUGUGUGAGCCCAUGGGCGAUAUCGACUGUCGCACGGGAUCGGAGGUGCAAAGGGAAAACACUACCGACAGCUCCUCAACGGAGAUUACCUCGGAGUCCAGUACGAUUUCCACAGUUGUAAUCACCACAUUAGCCCCAUCGGCAGUGGUCACAUUACGACCAUCAGUCAAUCAAAGUGGAGCCAGCAGUACGACUUCCGUAUCGCCUGCUAUAGAGAUUAUUGUGACCAAUGUGUGCCCACAACUGGAUAAUCAGAGUCGUAUCGCAUUGCUGCCAAAUCAGAACUCCUGUUCAGAUUAUUACAUUUGCUAUCGCGGUGUGGCACUUCCCAUGAGUUGUGCCACCAGUUUGCACUUUAAUUCACUCACCGGAAAAUGCGAUCAUCCCGAAAACGUUAGGUGUUUGGCCAUGACUUAUAAUCCCAGGGAGCAGUGCAAGCGACAUGUAAUCGAUGUUUAUCCGCAUUCCGACAACUGCAAUUACUUUUACCAGUGUCGCUCUGGCUAUUUGAUGGUCCAGCAGUGUCCUUUCUUCUACGGAUGGGACUACGAGAAGCGAUCCUGUGUAGCACUAGGUCAAGCCAAAUGCUACAACAAGCUGCAAAUGCAAAUGAAAAUUUAUUAAAUACACAUAAUAAUAUUUAUU